AUGGGUACUCAGGCCUACAGGAUUCAACAAAACUUGUUCAAAACGCCAUAUGAUCCUAUCCACGUCAUGCAGACGACCGAAGUGGGAAUUACUGAGGCCAUUGUCGACACAUUCUUGAAGACAGCCGACUCAGAUGUUCUUGGUCUGGCGGCACGCUUCGGUCCCAAGGGCAUUCUCGCUUAUGUAGCGCUCUCCACUCCUUCUCACGUCCUGUAUAUCAAGAUGACACCAUCAAAGAAGGGUAAAUCUAAUGCAGGGAAACAACUUUCGCAGACGCUACGCGGUCGCGAAAUCAUCAGCAAUAGGAUACUUCGCGCGGUUGCAUUUCGUAAGCUCGGAUUCGACAUGCAUAGAAUUGCGACAGCUUUGCAUCAUGAUUAUGGGCUCACAAUCUCGAAGGCGGUCGACUUGCAAUCAAUGAUUGUGACCGGCAACCGCCACACCCUCGCUACAUUGUUCCGCAUUCUAGGACCGAAAGAGUUAUUAUAUGAGGAUGAGGUGCAUGACACCUUCCAGGGAGUGGCGUUCGAUCGAAGUGAAUUGGCGAAUGUUGCCCUUCGCUCAUGGGCUUCCGGUAUGGUGGCGACCUUCGCACAUGCGGAGAAGGGUCUAUCGGAAGUGUCCACUAUAGACACGCAGAUGUACAACACAAAGGAACUCACAUUGAUCAGCAAGUUCGUCCGCGAUGCAGAUCGAUUGCACGCCCUGAAACCUACAAAGGUCAAAAACGACGUUGCUGCAGAAUUUAGCCGCAAAAGCAAAGAUGGUGUGAUCAACGUUGAUCUGACGCGAUUUAAAACACGUCUCCGGACAUCGCAGACGCAGAAAUUACUGGUAGAGGUGGUUUCGAAAAAACGAUCGACCGUUGCGACCCACGGCCGUACCGUGCAUGUAGAAGGAAAAUCGGCAAGGAUUUCUAUAACGAAGGCAGUGCCCAUGAAUGGGAAGAUCCGUUCUGUGUACACUGUCGGUCGCGAAGAACCCACUUCCCUGGAGAAAGAUCGCAUAGAGGUCCUGCUCGCCUUGUUGCAAUGUCGAUCGAACCUGUUCAAGUUACCCAUCGUCCGACGCAUCCUCGGUCUUGAUCCGUCCCAAUUCAGGACGAAUUCGCGUGAAAGCUCACGACGUCCUGUUGAAGCCAUCAUCCGAUACCCCACUCUGCUUAAUCCUUCCCAGCGUUCCGCUGUAAAUCUCAUACUGUCCGAAGAUGAGCAGGAUCGUGUAUGUCUUAUACAUGGUCCUCCAGGAACGGGCAAGACUUCUGUAAUUGCAGCAUCUGUCUUGUCCAUUGACGGCUUUAAAGGGAGAGAUCAAGGUGUAUGGCUUGUGGCUCAAUCGAAUGUCGCUGUCAAGAAUAUCGCCGAGAAACUUGUCGACGUAGAAUUCCUUGAUUACAAGAUCCUUGUGUCGAAGGAUUUCCACUUUGACUGGUGA